GAAAACGCCUGACCACCCCCCCAACCCUGGCCUUCCCUGUACAGGCUGCUGCUUCUCCGGCUCUUAGCCAACUACCCUCCCGCCACCUGCGCGGUCCCCCACCGGUCCCGGGGUACCCCCGGCGCCCUGUCCGCCAUGCGGCUCCUGUUACUGGCCUCAGGUGGGCCCUGGCAGGGCAGCUCCCGUUGCCUACUUGCCUGCGGUGGCUGGCCCCCAAUGCUGCUGCUGCUGCUCCUGGGCAGCUGCCUGGGGGUCUCCGGGGCGGCGGCGAGCUCUCGAAGGCCCAAUGUGGUGUUGCUUCUCACAGACGACCAGGACGAAGUGCUCGGCGGCAUGACACCCCUAAAGAAAACCAAGGCCCUCAUCGGACAGAUGGGAAUGACCUUCUCCAGUGCUUAUGUGCCAACUGCUCUUUGCUGUCCUAGCCGAGCCAGCAUCCUGACAGGGAAGUACCCACAUAACCAUCAUGUGGUUAACAACACUUUAGAGGGAAACUGCAGUAGUAACUCUUGGCAGAAGAUCCAAGAACCAAGUACUUUCCCAGCAAUCCUCAGAUCAAUGUGUGGUUAUCAGACCUUUUUUGCAGGGAAAUACCUGAAUGAGUAUGGAGCCCCUGGUGCAGGUGGACUGGAACAUGUUCCUCUUGGCUGGAGUUACUGGUAUGCCUUGGAAAAGAAUUCUAAAUACUACAAUUAUACCCUCUCUAUCAAUGGGAAGGCACGGAAGCAUGGUGAAAACUACAGUGUGGACUACCUGACAGAUGUUUUGGCUAAUGUCUCCUUGGACUUCCUGGACUACAAGUCUAACUCGGAGCCGUUCUUCAUGAUGAUCUCCACUCCAGCACCUCAUUCACCUUGGACAGCUGCCCCUCAGUACCAGAAGAGUUUCCAGAAUGUCUUUGCACCAAGGAACAAAAACUUCAACAUCCAUGGAAUGAACAAGCACUGGUUAAUUAGGCAAGCCAAGACCCCAAUGAGUAAUUCUUCAAUACAGUUUUUAGAUAAUGCAUUUAGGGGAAGGUGGCAAACUCUACUCUCAGUUGAUGACCUUGUAGAGAAACUGAUAAAGAGAUUGGACUUCAAUGGAGAACUCAACAACACUUACAUCUUUUAUACAUCAGACAAUGGCUAUCACACAGGACAGUUUUCUUUACCAAUAGACAAAAGACAGCUGUAUGAAUUUGACAUCAAAGUUCCACUGUUGGUUCGAGGACCUGGGAUCAAACCAAAUCAGACAAGCAAGAUGCUUGUUGCCAACAUUGACUUGGGUCCUACUAUUUUGGACAUUGCUGGCUAUGAUCUGAAUAAGACACAGAUGGACGGGAUGUCUUUCUUGCCCAUUUUGAGAGGAGCUAGUAAUGUGACCUGGCGAUCAGAUAUCCUGGUGGAAUAUCAAGGAGAAGGCCAUAAUGUCUCCGACCCAACAUGUCCUUCCGUGGGUCCUGGAGUAUCUCAAUGUUUCCCAGACUGCGUAUGUGAAGAUUCCUAUAACAACACAUAUGCUUGUGUGAGGACAAUGUCGGCAUUGUGGAAUUUACAGUAUUGCGAGUUUGAUGACCAGGAGGUGUUCGUGGAAGUCUAUAAUCUGACUGCAGACCCAGACCAAAUCACUAACAUUGCUAAAACUAUAGAUCCAGAGCUUUUAGGAAAGAUGAACUAUCGGCUAAUGAUGUUACAGUCCUGUUCUGGACCAACCUGUCGCACUCCAGGGGUUUUUGACCCUGGGUACAGGUUUGACCCCCGUCUCAUGUUCAGCAAUCAUGGCAGUGUCAGGACUCGAAGGUUUUCUAAACAUCCUCUGUAGCGAUUUUGCCCAGCCUCUGCAGUUGGAUCCCUGCACGCCUCUUUCUGAUGAAAUGAUAGUAGGUGUCUGUAGCUAGUCUUCAAGACCAUACCUGGAAAAGUUUCUGCCAUUGUUUUAAGUCCUAUUUGAAAAAGCAGCCCAACCAGCUGACUUCCUCCUGCAAUGUGUUAAACUGUGAACUCUGCCCAUUUGUGGGGAGUGGCUGCCCUUGGUCCCUCCGUUCAGCUGAUAAGGAACACCCCUGAGGUCUUUGUUCUCACCAUACCUUUUCUGUCCCAUGGCCACCAUUCUUGAUCCUACCCUGUGUGGUCAAAGUCUGAAUUUGAAAUCUACUCAGAUAAAUAGCAAUACUUUAGGGCAAAAAGACUUUUUGGAAUACAGCUUGACCCAAAAGCAAAGGACUUGCAGAGCAUUUCAGAUUGAGCACUUCACUAUCAAAAAUACUACUAUGGCUUGAAAAAUAACCAUCAGAGAUGAUUAAGAGCAAGUACGACUGUUUUCAGAUGUGUAGAAUAUAUUGGUACAUUUCCUACCUGUACAUCACAAUGUGAUAAGGUUGCAAAUUCAAAAUAUGUCAAUGAAGCUCCGUUCAUUAUUUUGGAAUUCUGGGCUGGUGCUGCAAUGAAAUACAGCAGUAAGCAUUUGGUAAAGGCUCAUUCCAGGUAGCUCUUGAAGGUGGGAACCACCUACUCUCCAGUGGCUGCUAACCACAUAGAACGCCAGUGAACAUCAGGAAUAGUGAAGGCAUGUCUCUUUCCUUUUGAGAUCUGAAAAAAGGUGACUUAGAUGUAUCAGUAUGGGGGAAAAAAGUUAGUGUCUUCUGAGGGCCUUCUGUAGAUAGUGCUUUCAGGUUUACAGGUUGAAGGCCUGCACUUGGGAUGAACUAAGUGCCUGUCCAGCAGGGUGCCUGGCAGCUGGGUUUCAGUCCCAUGUGUGAAGUUGUUUGGACUUUCUGCAUCUUGCUGUCAUUCUGUUUGUUAUAAAAAUUUCUUACAGUUGAUGCAAAAUACCAGCUACUAUUGAGCUUGGAGAACCCCAACUUCUCCCCUUUCAGUUAAGUUCUUCCUAAGUUUUUGAAGUCUUCAGCCCCCAUUCAGUAUUCCUCUGUCAGAAUCAGAUCUGUUUAGGUGUCCUUUCUGUUUAGGACACCUAGGCUCAAAGACCAAUCCCAUUUCUACUGUUUUCUUCACCAGAAGGUUAGUUGGUGGUAAAGCAGCAAGGAAGGGGAAAGAGCUGUGGUUUAUAACUUGUUAGACUCAGGCGAUAAGUGAUUUUAGCUUUAUUUAAGGUCUUACGUUGAGCUUUAAGCACUCCGUUUGUAAGACAUGGCCACAAGUUAACUAUGCUACCAGAACUUCAGAUAGCCAUUGGGUUUAUUCCUUUACCUCAUGUGAACCCAGCAACUGUGGGGGUAUCUAGAGGUAAAAUAAGCAAGCAAAAUGAACACCUCUGCUAUGAAUGUUUUAGGGAAAGAAAUUCCAAAAAUUCUGUAACUAAAAGCAAACUAAUAAUGUUCAAUAUGGGUAUCAGCUUUGUUCUCUGCUUUGGUUCUUAACCUUAUAAGUCAACGUCAGCAUUGAUGAAGGUUGACCAUAGUUAUUCCCAAAUAAAAAGAAACUGACUCUUACCAGGUUUUGGACUAUGACAUCACAUUAUUCAGCUUUAUGACGCUGGUUCCUAAAAGCACAUUAAGUCUUAAAAUGAAACAAGUCAGUGGCAAUAGUAUCUCUGCCCCUGUGCUCUUAUAUUCAGCUGGCUUCUGUGUGGUGGUGGGAUGUGGUGAGACACUCUCUGUGGACCUGUUCUGGUUUGGGUACGUUUCCUACCUAACCUUUGCAUAAGCUCUUAUUUUACUUUUUCUCUUGGAUUGGCAUCAUUCUGGAUCUGUGCUAAAAUAAUACAAGGAGACCUCAGUUUAUAGCCUAAUAGACUAUAAAAUACACUCCACUUCUCAGAAUGUGUAUAUACAAACGAACCACUGCAAGAGGCUUUCCUUGCUACCUUUUUAAUUGUGCUGACUUGGAGUUCAAUUAUUUUCUCUUUUAAGAAGGCUAGGUCCAUGUCUGUUGGUGACUUUCAGAAUUGUUGUUGUUAGGUGCCUUUGAGUCGGUUCUGACCCACAGCAACUCUGUGUACAACAGAACGAAACUCUGCCCUGUCUUGCACCAUCCUCACAAUCGUUGCCGUGUUUGAGCCCAUCGUUACAGCCACCGCGUCAGUCCAUCUCCUUGAGGGUCUUCCUCUUUUUCUCUGACCUGCUACCUUACCAAGCAUGAUGUCCUUCUCCAGAGACUGGUCCCCCCUGAUAAUAUGUCCACAGUACAUGACACGAAGUCCUGUCAUCCUCACUUCGAAGAAGCAUUCUGGCUGUACGUCUUCCAAGGCAGACUUGUUUGUUCUUUUGGCAGUCCAUGGUAUAUUCAGUGUUCUUGGCCAGCACAACAGAGAGCCAUAUAACCAGUAAGAAUGAACAGAGGCCUUAGGAAUGAAUAGAGAUUGUGUAGUAUAAGAGUCCUUAUUACACAGCUGUCUCUAAAAUACAAUUACAAGGUAGGGAGCAACUUUUGAGCAUCUUUGAAUUUGACAAAUGGUGCUGUUGCAAAUACAUUUUAAUUGACAACAACAGGGAGUUUUUAUACAAAAUAGUAAUGAUAGCCAUGGAAGUUGUACCUUAAUCUGUGAGAAAUGUUAUUAAAUUUAUCUUUACGUGUCUCAAUUAAGGAUCAGUGCUUUUUUUAAUGAAAGCAGAAAAGUUGUCCCAGUACCCUUUUUCAGAGAAAGCAAAGGAUAUUUCAAGUGAUCCAUCAGUGGAAAGAGAUGAGUGUAUUUGAGUUCUGUCAUUUCACUACCACUUAGGCCUCACUGAAUUUUGUAAAUUUCUAUGUUUGCAUCAUCUGUUCCUAGAAGUUAUUCUACCCCAGCUCUGUGUCAUCUCAAUCAUUUGACCUACAAAGUGCCCUUGAAAGGACCCUGUUCACUGCUGCACUUUUCAAUGAAUUAAAAUUUAUUUCUGUGUCUAGUGGGAAUGUGUCCUUUGUUUUAGUCCCCAAAUAAUAAUUUUGAUAAGAUGCUUUUUUCCUCGAUGCUGUUUAAUAUUUUAAUUGCUCAGUACUGAGGAUGGGAUAUUUCACUAUUGGGAUCUAUAGUCUCUACCCACGUAGCUCAUAUACACCUGGUCCGUACAGACCGAUAGCCCCUGAAUGAAGCACCAUGUAGAAAAUCCUUCCUGAUAAAUCUUUAUUCAUUUACAGCUUUGGAGAAGCAAUCUUAUCUUGGCUGGCUUUAAAAUGGACUGAGCUCACCUUCCAAGAUGCUUUGUACUUGAUUUCCAAUCAUAUGAUCCAUUGCCCUAAUCUUAAAUGGGUCAGCAAACUUUUUCUUAAAAGACCAGAUGAUAUUUUAGGCUUACAGCUCUGCUGUUGUAGUGCAGAAGUAUCCAGAGACAAUACAUAAACAAAUGGCUGUGGCUGUGGGCUAAUAAAAUUUUACAUACAAACACAGGCAGGCUGUAAUUUGCCAACCCCUCACUUAAUAGGAUGCUUUGUAUCUUUCCUGUUCUAUCUGAAGACAAAGUAAAAAAAACAGGAUAAUAGAAGACACUCAUAAAAGUUGACAGGUAAUGCUAUCAGAACAGAUAAUUUGGGUAUAUCACAAUGUCAGGCGCACUGGUGUAGGUCUGGGGUUUGAUUUUACUCUCUUUAUAAGCAAAUAAGUUAGCCUGUUUCUGUUUCAUGGUUGUUGACAGAAGACUUGAGACUCCUGGGCCGGAGACAAAAGACUGUUACAGAACAGCAAGUGGCACGAGCACAUCAGUUCACCCUCGCCCUAGGUCCCACACGUACAACGUGUGAAGGUCCUAGAUGGAUACCUGCAUAUGCGGUGGGUUUUGUUACAAGAGAGGGACAUUAAGCUUGGAGAACCUGCCAUUCUGUAGCAACACUAAGCAAGCCUACUCUUUGUCCUGAGAAAUAUAGUACCUUACUCCUCAAGGUUGCUCACUGCAAACACAGUCCUUAGAAACGGCCCGGGUAAAGAGUGGUCAGGCCCUUGCAUUCUCAGCAUACCCAAAAAGAACAUUCAGGAACACUUAGGCCCAUAAUGAAUUGCUUCCCAACAACUGUCAGCUGUUUAAUAACAGGGGAUCACCUAGUUGGAUGCUCUACCCUCCUCCCUCCACAAGGGCUAAAGAGCUAGAUCAGGCCAGGGAACAGUUGUAGACCUAAAUGCUUAAAGAAGAGUUCUUUACCCAGGGCCCAAGGCCAAGGAACUGUGUGGGAUAAGUAACGAAGACAGGUGCUGGCUGGCCUUUAAGAUUUCAAAACAGGAGCCACCAAGACCUGUUGAAGUGAGGGAGAGGGAAAGGAUAACACAAUGUUAUCCUUUGAGAACUACCUAACCUUUGUCUAAAUACUGGAGUAAAGGGGGAAGUAGAAUAGAGGCUCUGUGAUUACUGACCACAUGAGCCAAACCGUCAACAAGGAGAGAGUUUAUGUUCGUAGACUCAUAAAAUGAAGUAGAGACUCUGCUGGCUCCAUUUUUCUAACUUAUCCCACCUAUUCCCACUAAGGCCGUACCCGGCCCUAUAGAACCAGAUUCCAUACAGAAUUGGUCUUGGUUUCAUCUUCUACUGCUAAUGAAUUUAAAGAGCUAGUCAUAUGUGUACCAUAUAAAAACUGUUGAGACAACAGCCAACCAAAGAAACCAAGGACGCAGGCUGAAAGCUUGUGCUGAGACCUCUGCUGAUGUCCUAGGAGCUACUAUGUAAGGUCUAGAUUGUGGGACAUGGGAAGUAGCUCCCAGAGUACUGUAGAAUAGGUGACAGUUCUAAAUCUUAGUCUUUGAGAGUAAGAUUUCAUAGCCACCUUCUGCCAUUGAGACUUGAGAUCCAUGUAUGUCCUCUUAACAUGAAGCUCCAGUGGAGACUAGCAGGUUCUCAAAGGAUGGAGAGAUACAAAGGAUGCUUUAAUUAUUUAUGUGAUUAAAAUAGCUCUCUGGGAUAGGUAUUUUCCUCAGCUUAAUCAACCCAAGCUCACAAAGCUAGUCAAAGAUUUAGGAUUUGGAUGAAGAUCUGGCUUCAAAGCCAUCUUUCUUUUACACUCUGCUGGCUCUGUGGUCUAUGAAAGAUUUCCCCUCCCAGCACAUCAUAUAUCUGAGUACCUACUCUGCCUAGUAGUAAGCUUGGUUAUGAAAAUAUGAAAGAAUGGUCUAUUCCUGUCCUCCAGGAACUUAUUGUGUAGAAAGCUGCAAAGAGAACUUCCCUCUGGUGCCCACACAGAGAAACUACUUUCAGACUAAAGGGUGCUACUAUCAUUGAAGUGGUUUCUUAUCCUAUGCCUCAUCAUGUUGUUACUAGGUGCCUUCGAGUCAGUUCCGACUCAUAGCAACCCUGUGCACAACAGAACAAAACACUCCAGUCCUGUGCCAUCCUCACAAUUGUUGCUAUGCUUGAGCCCAUUGUUGCAGCCACUGUCAGUCCAUCUUGUUGAGGGUCUUCCUCUUUUUUGCUGCCCCUCUACUUUACCAAGCAUGAUGUCUUUCUCCAAGGACCGAUCAUUCCUGAUAACAUGUCCAAAGUAUGUGAGACGCAGUCUCACCAUCCUUGCUUCUAAGGAGUAUUCUGGCUGUCUUCUUCCAAGACAGAUUUGUUGUACCACAUCAUGGCUGAUGGACAAGAAGAAAAAAAGAGGGUUCUUCUUGUCACACCUCAUUUAACUAUUUCCAGCAUGGCUAUGGUAGCCUGCCUCCAAGAUGGUUCCCAAUGAUCCUUGCAUAGCCCCCUCCCACAUUGCAUCAGGGUUGGUCUCUGUGACAGAAUACGAUGCAAGUAAUGGCAUGUAACUUCUGAGGCUAGGUAAUAAGAAACAUGGCCACUUCCUCCUUAAUCUCUUGGAUCAUUCACUCUGGAGGGAACCUGCCGUCAUAUCAUGAAGACCCAGUGGGGAGGUCCAUAUGGUAAGGAUCUGAGACCUGCAAACAACUGGUCCUUGCCAGCCAUAUAUGUGAACUGUCUUGAAAGCAGACCCUCCAUUCCCAGUCAGGACUUCAGGUGACUGGAGGUCUAGUUGACAUCUUAACUGCAAUCUCAUGAGACUCCAAGCUAGAACCACCCAGCAAAGCUACUCUCAAACUCCUGACCCAGAGAAACCAUGUGAGAUAAUAAAUAUUCAAUGUUGUCUAAAGCCACGAGUUUUUGGGUAAUUUGUUACAUGACAAUAUAUGACUAAUACAAUGGCCAUGGCUGGUUUGCCAAGAGAGAAAUUACAGCAGGCCUUUAACCAAAAUGCAUCCAAUUGUAGGUACCUGAGGUGCACGGUAAAGCUGGCCAGUGCUUAAGGCUCAACUUCUGUCCGAGUGGAAAAAAGUCUUAAGUACAUUGCAUACUUCAAGAGUACCAACACAGGCUCCCAGCUAUUGUUACUACAACCAAAUAGAAGCUUCUUUGUUAGAAUGGUUGCUAAAAUGUUGCUCCUCAGCACAUGUUGGAAAAUAUUUUAAUGGGCUCUCUUGGCUGGCUGGUUCCAGUCUCAAAGUCUUCUCUCCAGCCGGUCUCCAUAACUCAGAGGGGCCAGUGCUGGGGAGAAGAGCAGCUCUUUGAGCAGCUGCUGCAUACCAGGACUCUGGCUGGGUUUCCAAGGCACCUGUUGUGCAAGUCCAUCAGUCACUCUUCCCUUGCCUCCUCGCAACGCUGGGAAAGUAGCUCAGGUGCACAAUUGAUUCCGAUCCCGCUAAGUCCCUAAGAAAGUGGCUGCUUUUCAGUCUUUUCUUUCCCAGUCCCCCUAUCUCCCAGCCUCUCCCAGAUUAGGUGAGCUACAAUUUUAUUAGGCCUCAGAUGAACACAACAACUUGGAUUGUUUUUAGCAGUCUUCAUUUUGAGUCAUCAGGGCAGCCCAGCCUGCUUUUAUGUGAAUGCUCCCACAGAGAACGAGACCCUGGUGCCCAGUCUGGUCUUCUGCAUAGUAAGUGAAAACAGAACUGUGUCCCCGAUCAUCCUGGCCCCUUUCCUUCUUCCUGUAAUGCCACGGGAAGCGCAGUCAAAGAGUUCAGCCAAAGGUGAACACUGGCUGCAGGAAGAGAGGCAGGAAGCUGCAGUUCAGGGUUUCCUGCUAGAAGAGCUCCUUCCUGUCUCAGUGCUACCCUAGUGGCUGUUUCCCGACAUGUCUGUGAAACAUUCAGUUCCACAAGGUUUGUCCCCUGCAGCUAGGAGAGAUACUCAAUGAGUUUAAGUUAUGCUCCAGUCUGCAAAGCACAGAACUCUCUAGGGGGAGAAUUCACAUGCAUGGAAACGUGACCAGGAACAAAGGCCAACGCCCCUGCACUCACUGUGCCUACAGGCAGCCUCUGGUUUGGAUCAUGCAGCAUCACUCCCUGCCUUACCCUGACAGGACAGCAUGGGUUAACCCUAGUCCCAGCAGCUCUGAGCAUUUUGGCUCUAAUUUGUCAAGGAAGAAAGAUAAUGCUGUGUAACUGUAUUUAUUGGAAGCACAGGGGAAGGCACCGAAUGGUGAUCUUUUGGUUAUCAAUAACCCAAGAAUCUUGAGUAUUUCGCUUAUGACACCAUUUCUUUCCCUCAGCAUGAAUUUAAAGAACAAAAAUAAAAACUGUUCUGCUUAUCAGAUACAUCUUCACUGUCAAAAGGUCCCUCUUGGAAAUCAGCACCUAGGGUACUUCUAGAUGAACUUCAGUGUCAACACGAUGGGUAGGCAACCGUUAACACCACUGUAGGAACAAGAGCUUAGAAAACAAUCCCACCUUUUAUCAGGCUUUAUAGCAUAUGAGGUGCCUUCACGUUCACUAAUUUGGUUCUCACAACAGCCCUGUGAAAUAAGCACACAGGUGAUGCUAUCUCAUCUCCAGAGGACAAGAAACUGGAUUUGAUCCAGAAAAAUUGCCAAUGUCAAUUUUAACUCUGCAUUUGCCAACGAUGAACUCUCAACCUAGGGGAAUUAUUUAGCCUGAUAAAAGUUCUUUUCUCAUAAUAAAAAUACAAGAACGGCCCUGAUAGAACAUGUUGCCAAUAGAAACCAGUCCCCUGUUGUGUAGAAGAUUUCAUGUAGAUAAUUUAUGAAUUCUGCUAGGAUGUAUCCGUUUAUCCUUACAAUCUCAGCUCUAAAUUACUUCCUCAAGAAAGCCUUCUUUGACUUCCUAGAUUAUACACUCUUGUAGCACCCAGAACUUUACCUUUACAACACUUAACAGUUUGCAUCACCGGGGCCUGAUUUCCAUGAGAACAGGGACUACAAUGUUCUUUCUCACUAUAACCUACUCAAUAUAUGACAUUCUUGGGGUGUUUUAUAAAUAUUUGUUGUAUGAAUCGGAGUCCCUGGGUGGCGCAAAUGGUUAAGCACUACUGACCGAAAGGUUGGCAGUUCAAAUCCACCCAGAAGCCCCUUGGAGGAAAGGCCUGGCAGUCUACUUCUGAAAGAUCACAGCCGUUGAAAACCUAUGGAGUACAGUUCUACAAUGACACACAUGGGGUCACCGUGAGUCAGAAUCAAAUCAACGGCAACUGGGAUUUUUUGGUUGAAUGAAUGAGAUCAAGAAAUUAGGUGUUCUAGUCAAGUUCUUUUGAUUACAAAGCAAGAACAAACUAAUUCAAGUGACUUUUCUUUAAUUUAAAGGUUUAUAUGAAAUAUACAUAUGUAUAUGUAUAUAUAUCACAGACUCCAAGGGCAUUAAUCAAGAUACACUCAUCCCUCUGUAUCAUUAUAAUUAGUUUCCAAAAUGUGGGCUGCUAAAAAAAAAAAAAAAUUAUGACUAUAGUCUCAUUUUAAUAAAUGUAAACCCUACUGCGUUUUGAAUGAUAAAAAGUCAAAUGUCAAGUUAGAAUGUUACUGAUACAUGCAUGUAAGUCACAUACUGCAGAUAACUGUAAACUUGUAUAAACAAGGAACCAGCAGCAACAUCAACACUUGUAAUUUGGCAAGCUUUUCAGAGGUUAGGCAAAAUUAGGACUGUGUAGGCAUUUUUUUUUUUUUUUAAGGCAUAGUGGUUAAGAGCUAUGGCUGCUAACCAGAAGGUCAGCAGUUCAAAUCCACCAGCCACUCCAUGGAAACCCUAUGGGGCAGUUCUAUUCUGUCCUAUAAGGUUGCUAUGAGUUGAAAUCAACUUAACAGCAAUGAGCUUGGUUUUGGUUUAGUAAAACUUUUUUUUUUUUUUUGCAGUCAAUAACAGUAAUUUCUAAGGAAACUUAUUUCAAGGAUCUCAAAUGUGAACACAUCAAGUAUUAUCUGUAGAAUCUGUAGUAAUGACACCUCUCCCAGUCCUGAUAUAUUAGUAAUUUGCACCAAUUACCAAUUCUUUUUCUUUCCUGAUGAGUUUGACUAGAGGCUUAUCAACUCUUAUUAACCUUUUCAAAGAACCAGCUUUUGGUUUCAUGGAUUUUCUAUUUCAUUGAUUUCUACUCUUGCCUCUAUGAAUGACUUCAUUUCUUCUGCUUACUUUGGGUUUAAUUUGCUUUUCUUUUUCUAAUUUCUUAAGAUGGACGACAAAGUCACUGAUUUGAGACCUUUCAUCUUUUUCUAAUAUAGGCAUUUAGUGCAUAAAUUUCCCUCUAAUUAACACCUUCAGCUGUAUCCACGUUUUGAUGUGUUUGAUUCAGUUAAGAGUACUUUAUAAUUUCCUUUUUGAUUUCUUACUUUACCCAUAGGUUAUUUAGAAGUAAUCUCCCAAUAUUUGUUUUUGGGUAUUUUUUCUUUUUAUGGACCUCCUAUUUAUUUGUGGUCAGAGAAUAAACUUUGUAUGAUUUAAACCAUUUUUAAGUUUAUUGAAAUUUGUUUUAUGUCCCAGAAUGUGUUGUCUUGUUAUGUGUUAUUUAAAAACAAUGUUUCACUGCUGUUGGAGUGUUCUCUGUCAGGUCAAAAUAGUUGAUAGUGUGGUUCAAGUCUUACAUUCUUUGAUUUUCUCUCUACUGUUUCUAUCAGUCACUGAGAGGUUUGUUGAAAUCACAAUUGUGAGUUUGUCUAUUCAUGCAGUUCUAUCAAUUUUUGCUUCAUGUACUUGAAUUCUGUUAUUAGGUGCAUUAACAUUUUGGGUUAUUCUGUCCUCUUGAUGAAUUGACCCCAUUAUCGUUAGGAAAUGACCCUCUUUAUCUCUGGUAAUAUUUCCUUUGAAUCUACUUUAUCUGAUGCUGAUAUAGCCACUCUAACCCAAUGCUCUAAUUUUCUUUUAAUUAGUGCUGCCUGAGGGCUGCUGCCUGGAUUCCUUACUUAAUUCCUGUUUGCCUUUAUAUUCUCAGCAAGCAUCUUUUCUUGAUAAAGUGACUAGAUGACAUGCCCAAUCUUACUUAAAAAUCACUUUGAACAUUUUCCUUGAGAGCUCACACACACAAUAUUGGAAUUCCUUGCCCUUUUGAAAAGAACUGGAACACACCAUUUAUAGUUCUACCAUGAAUAAGAGAUUUUGAAUUUAAACUGUUGCCUCCCUGGCCUGCAGCAGAAUUCAAGGAUUCUAAGUUUUGUCAAGAUGCUAAAGUUUUUAAGGAAUUCUGGAGCAGCAUUUAAGCAAAUUUUACUGCACCUGUCAAUUGGAAAACCCUCUAGAGCAGCCAGCCCCCAGAACUCCACUCCAGAGAAAGGAAGCACUUAGGGCUAAUUAGUCCCACACGUCCAUAAUUGCUAAAUUGAGGGAAGAGUGCUAUACCAGGCAAACGCAAACCAGAUAGAUGCCUUUAAAGGCCAAGGUGCACUUUAAUUAAGACUUGGAAACCCUGGUGGCCUAGUGGUUAGGUGCUACAGCAGUUUGAAUCCACCAGACGCUCCUCGGAAACUGGGGGGCAGUGCUACUCUGUCCUGUAAGGUCGCUAUGAGUCGGAAUCGACUCGACAGCAAUGGAUUUGGUUUUUUCCUUACAGAUAAACGAACUGUAGGCUGGUUAAAAUAACUUCCUCCCAAAACCCAGCUAAAUCCCAACUUCUUUUGAAGUUUACAAAACGGUUUGAUGUUUGUGUAUAAACGUUUAAAGGUUCUAAUGCUGGAGGUUUCUCAGAAACAGAGUGGUGGUACUCAAGUUCAGAUACUGCCAAGUGCUGUCUCAGAGGAAGAAUCAAAAAUGUCUUUUGGAAGAUGUUACUUGAGAUGAAAAAGGUCUGUCCCCUACACUGCCACUCUCGCUUUAGAAUUAACAGGGAAAGAUUUGCCAAGAAAAACUAAAACAAAGCAAAAAAAAAAAAAAAACUACAAAUGGAAUUAAUAGCAUUUUACAAGAAAGCUGUUUUUUUUAACUCUGUUUUCCCCUCCCACAAGAAGCGUACUUCUUGUACACUUAAUUAAGCAAGUGGUGAGUCACACCAGUAGUAAACUUUAUGGUGGAUGAUCCUUGAUGGAGAGAAAAACAUCAAAUGAGUCAAACCUUUGCAAGCAUUUGGUGGCUCCUGCCGACCUCUGACUUCUCCCUGAAGCUGUUAUUCUUCUGCUAUUGCAGGGACUUGUCUUACCAGCUGCAGUGAGAACACUGGGUUUGCGCUCAUGCAACAGAACCUCUCUAGAUGAAAACACAAUAACUGUUUCCUUCUAUGUAACUGAGUAUAAUCACUUAAAUGGAAAGAUAAACGGGUAACAGCAACAGAAAGGAUGAUAAAGGAUAAAGCACUGAGGCAUUAAGGCUGUCCUCUCAUUUCCCACAAAUUCUAACUGCACCAAAACAGGCCUGCUUUCAGAGGACCUUUCUAUUAGACGCAAUCUAAAAAAAAAAAAAAAACCAAACCCACUGCCAUCCAGUGGACCCCAACUCAUAGCGACCCUACAGGACAAAGUAGAACUGCCCCACUGGGUUUCCAAGGAGUGGAUUCAAACUGCCGGCCUUUUGGUUAGCAGCCUAAUUCUUAACUGUGCCACCAGGGGGCUCCAGAGGCAACCUAGGAGGACUUUAAUGGGCAGCUUAUCCGAAAAAUCUGAUAGAGCUUACAGGACAAGAGCUUGGAGCAGCAGGGCAGCAUGGUUGACUGGACCCAGGCUCUGCCACUCACUCACAGAACGGUCUUGGGCAGGUUGUUGAACUUCAAUGUGUCUGUUGUUUCCCUAUCUGUAAAAUGGGGAUAUUAACAGCACCUACCCCAUGGGGAAGAAAAUUAGUUAAUACAGAUCAAAAUAUUUUAGAAUAGUGCCUGGCACAUACUAAGCACUAUGUAUGUUGUUGUUGAGUGUUGAGUCAAAUCCAACUCAUAGUGACCCCAUGUGACAGAGUAGAACUACCCCAUAGGAUUUUCUCAGCUGUAAUCUUUAUAGAAACAGAUCUCAAGGUCUUUCUUCUGCGGAGCCGCUGCGUGGGUUAGAAACACCAACUUUCCAGUAUUACCAGCCAAGUACUUAACUGUCUGUGCCACCAGGGAUCCUUAGCACUAUAUAUACAUUUGCUAUUAUACAAUACUUUUCCCCUUCUUUCAAAAAAAAAAAAAAAACCAUAAUUGGGAUCAUCUGACAGUGUCCCAAAUGCAGAUUUAAAAAAUUUUUGUGUGUGCUUUAGGUGAAAGUUUACACCUCAAGUUAAUUUCUCAUACAAAAUGUUAUACACAUGUGACCCUAGAUGCAAUCCCUAUAAUGUGACAGCACACUCCCCCUUUUUCAUCCUGGGUUUCCCAUGUCCAUUCAACCAGCUCCUAUCACUUUCUGCCUUUUCAUCCCACCUCUGGACAGGAGCUGCCCAUUUAGUCUUGUAUAUCUACUUGAACUAAGAAGCACACUCUUCACAAGUAGUAUUUUAUGUUUUAUAUUCCAGUCUAAUCUUUGUCUGAAGAGUUGGUUUUAGGAAUGCUUUAUUUCUGGAUUAACCGAGAGUCUGGGGGCCAUGUCUUGUAGGGUUCCUCUAGACUCAGUCAGACUAUUAAGUCUGGUCUUUUUAUGUGAAUUUGAGUUCUGCACCACACUUUUCUCCUGCUCCAUCAGGGAUUCUCUGUUGUGUUCCGUCAGGGCAGUCAUUGGUAGCCAGGCACCAUCUAGUUCUUCUGGUCUCAGGCUGAUGGAGUCUCUGGUUUAUAUGGCCCUUUUGUCUCUUGGGCUAAUAUUUUCCUUGUGUCUUUGGUGUUCUUCAUUCUCCUUGGCUCCAGGUCGGUUAGGUCCAAUUGAUGCAUCUUAGAUGGCCGCUUGCUAACUUUUAAGACCCCAGAUGCCAUUCACCAAAGAUGCAGAACAUUUUCUUAAUAAACUUUCUUAUGCCAGUUGACCCAGCUAUCCCCCAAAACCAUGUUCCCCAGAAUAAAAUUCUUAAAAACUGAUUUUGCAACAUGUUGUUGUUCUUGUUGUUAGGUGCCAUCGAGUCGGUUCCGACCCACAGCAACCCUAUGCACAACAGAACAAAACACUGCCUGGUCCUGAGCCAUCCUUACAAUCGUUGUUAAGCUUGAGCUCAUUGUUGCAGCCACUGUGUCAAUCCACCUCGUUGAGGGUCUUCCUCUUUUCUGCUGACCCUGUACUCUGCCAAGCAUGAUGUCCUCCUCUAGGGACUGAUCCCUCCUGACGACAUGUCCAAAGUAUGUAAGAUGCAGUCUCGCCAUCCUUGCUUCUAAGGAGCAUUCUGGUUGCACUUCUUCCAAGGCAGAUUGGUUCAUUCUUCUGGCAGUCCAUGGUAUAUUCAAUAUUCUUUGCCAAUACCACAAUUCAAAGGCAUCAAUUCUUCUUUGGUCUUCCUUAUUCCCAGCAGUCUACUUCUGAAAAGUAUUAGCCAGUGAAAACCUUCUGAAUAGCAGCGGAACAUUUUGCACCGUAAGAAUAAUUUAUUUAAACAACAGUUAACAAUUGGUGACUAAUUGAAAAGCAGCCUAGGGCAGGGAGUUAAGUCCCUUACUGGAUAAAAAUUCUAAAACACUCAUCCUGCACCUUGGGUAGUAACCCAGGCUGGACUCCCUAACUAGAUUCUUCUGCAUACAUCAAAGAAAACAAACAUCUAUACAGAACCAUAAUUUUCUAUCAUAAUACUUUCAUCUAUAAAGCAGUUAUUGUGCUUGAAAUGUGUUCCCCUCACCGACUGGUGCCAGCCUUGCUUCUAUUUCACCAGUCCCUCUAGAGGGCAGUCUAGUAGUAAAAAUGCUUACCUACAGUAGGUGUGGGUGCUAAGACCCGGGUACCUCAGCCUUAGGUAAAUCUUCCUAGUCACCAGUGAAGUUCACCAAACACUCACCAUCCCAUGUAAGUCAGUUACAUGCACCAGAAAAUACAGAUACUCACUUCAUGUUGAAAGUGGUCUGUUUGGAGGGUAGGAGGCCUCAAGGCAAGAACAGUGGUGGGGUAGAGGUGGAGGGAGAUUUCUAAGGAACUGACAGUGUUCUAGUUCGGUAGCGGUCACAGGGGUGUUUGCUUUAUAAUUCUUUAAACUAUUUUCAUGUGUGUCCCUGGGUGGUGCAAAUGGUUACUAGCUGAACGGUUGGCAAUUCGAAUGCACCCAGAGAUGCCUCCGAAGAUAAGCCUGGUAAUCCGCUUCCAGAAGGUCACAGCCUUGAAAACCCUACUCUGCACACAUGGGGUCACCAUGACUCAGAAUCAACUCAACGGCAACGAACAACAACAAUUCCUGUGCUUUAUACCCUUUAGAAUGUAUGAUAUAUUUCACAAUUAAAGCAACUGUUUCAAGUAGAAUAGGAAAGUCCUGUAUGGGCAGACACUAAGCUAGGGUUAUUCCUCCCUAGUGCAUAAGGCAGAGGAAAAAUGACAUUUAGGAAACAAAUGCGGCCCACCCAAACCUACUGAGAGUCACGCUGUCCCCAUGGAUCUGCAAGCACAGCUCAUCCCCACUCCUGGGACCUCCUGUCAUCCGGAAUAUAUCAUAAAUAAAAACACCACACGCACCAGCUAACAACUGCAGUUUUUAAUGAAAACAAUUUGUCAUUCCAGAAGCAACUUCAGGGGGAAAAAAAUCUUCCCUAUAAAAAAUAAAAUUAGACUCCUGAAAAUUAUAAAUAUUAUAAUUUUACUUCUGCAAUUUCAAAUGCUCCCCCACAAUACCACACCUUCCUUUAACAUCUCCUGUACCAUCACACGGUGAAAACAGUAUUCCAGCAAGGCUUACUUUCAUGGAACAUAAGAAUUUGUAAAAUGAUUUUUUAACAAUCUUUCUUUGGCCUUAGUGCCCUUUUUCUUCUUUGAAACAUUAAAAAAUGCUGCUGUGGUAACCAGUGUUUGGGAGAGAACACCAGUCUCUUGAAGAACCAUGAACAGACAGAGUUUCAAUACAGUAAAUUUUCCAAAUCAAAACUUGUAGUGCACAUGACAAAAAGUGAGGUUCUGGAUAAUACAGAUGAGGAUGAUGCCUGUUUAGACAAUCUACUUCAAGUAAGGAAAAAAAAAAAAUUCACACAUACCCAUCUGCUAGGACUUUAGAUUUCUAACUGUGU